AAACAAUAUUUUAAAUUUUAAUUCUGGACUGAAAAAAUUGGGAGUUUGAUCUGAAACGCGAAAAAGGAUUCCUCUCACUUUUCCCAGUCUGCGACUCUGCGCCAAAAUUCAAUUUCUUUAAUAAAGGAAACCCUAAUUCCAAAAUCGAGCUACGCCAAGAAACCCUCCAGUCCUCUGAAUCUGUUGCUACGAAGUGCUCUGCCUCACUAGUUAUAACCCUAGAACGAUCCAUUUAAUCGAGCAAGCAGAAGGAUGGCGAUUGCGAGAACUGGAGUUUUUGUAGACGACUAUUUGGAGUAUUCUAGCACAUUGCCGGCGGAGCUUCAGAGGCUUCUCAACACCAUUCGAGAAUUGGAUGAUCGUUCACAAGCCAUGAUAAACCAAUCAAGGCAGCAAACAAAGUAUUGUUUGGGUUUGGCAUCUCAAGGGGGUUCAUUCUCUAGGAAAAACGAGGAUGAGGAGGUGUCUGAAAAGCUUCGAAAAGAAAUUGAGGCAAACCAGGACAAUGCCCUUAGCCUCUGCACUGAGAAGGUUCUACUUGCCCGACAAGCUCAUGACCUUAUUGAUAGUCACAUAAAACGUCUUGAUGAGGAUUUGAAUAACUUUGCAGAAGAUCUCAAACAAGAAGGAAAAAUAGCACCAGACGAGCCGGCUGUGCUUCCUCCAUUACCUUUAGUUCCUAAAGGUGAAAAACGCAAGCCACUAUAUGGAACACCUCAGUCGAAGAGGUUUGACUACAAGGAGAGAGAUUGGGAUAGGGAGCGUGACAGAGAUUUUGAGCUUAUGCCUCCUCCUGGAAGCCUUAAGAAAGACUUUGCUUCACCUGUUGAACUCGAUCAACCCAUUGAUCCAAAUGAACCUACUUACUGUGUCUGCCAUCAGGUAUCUUUUGGUGAUAUGAUUGCAUGUGACAAUGAAAACUGCCAAGGAGGUGAAUGGUUUCAUUAUGCUUGUGUUGGGCUUACUCCUGAGACUAGAUUUAAGGGAAAGUGGUAUUGCCCGACGUGCAGACAGGUAGCACACUAACGACACCAUUGAAGAUGUAAUGCAUGUAAAUUACUCUACAUUUUGACAUAUUCAUUCUACCUAAAAAGUAGCUGCAUAUAUUACUGCCUCUCCAACUUUGGUAACGAUUGUAAUUGAGGCUUUCACAACACUGCACUACCAUUUUCAUUCCUAUUUUUGCCAUCGUCUAGGUCAUCUUUAUAUUCUCUCAA